CAAAUACCCCUAUAGUAUUAUUUUGCAAUUUUAAUAUAUUUAUCAAAAAGAAAAUUCAACAAAUCAAAUACCCAGAUUCUGUAACCAUAUUCUCGCUUCCGUGAUUUCCUCCACUCACUAUAUUCCUUCUUUCAGUUUCUCCCCACAAUCACUCUUCUUCCAAAAUCACCAAAAUAUCAAUUCUCAACAUGCCGAUUUCUCUCGUAGACCAUAACGGCCGACACGUCAGCAUCCGUAGUUGCAUCUCCGAUCCCACACCAGUUCCAACACCGCUCGCCAUCACCGUCGUCGACCACUACCUCCCUCACGACACCCACAACACCUACGCCAUCACCCUCGAUUCAACAGUCACCAUCCAAACCCUCCUCACCUCAUGCCCUUCCCUAGUCGAAUCCUGGAUCCUCGAAACCCAAACCCAAACCCAAACUCUCUCCCUCACUUCCCCAACCACCAUCGGCCUCGACAUCGAGUGGCGCCCGAACUCCCAACGCGGCCAAUCAAACCCCGCCGCCACACUUCAACUCUGCGUCAACAACCGCUGCCUCGUUUUCCAGAUCAUCCAUUCCCCUCACAUUCCAACCUCCCUCUUAACCUUCAUGGCUAACCCUAGCAACAGAUUCGUUGGAGUCGGAAUCGAAGCCGACGUCGAGAAGCUUAUAGAAGAUUACAACAUCUCUGUUGCGAAUUAUGUUGAUCUGCGAAACCUUGCUGCUGAGGUGUUGGAAGAUCGGGCGAUGUUGAUGUUUGGGAUUAAGAAAUUGGCGGAACGUGUUCUUGGGAAGAUUGUUGAGAAGCCGCAGAGGAUUACAAGGAGUAGAUGGGAUAAUCCGUGGCUGCAUGUGGAUCAGGUUAAGUAUGCUGCCGUUGAUGCAUAUCUUUCGUUUGAGAUUGGGCGUCGUCUAUACUCUAAUCAGGUUAUUGAAUGAUGAUAAUGAUGAUUUCUCUGUUCUCUGCCGUUUUGAUUUGUUUAGUGUCGUUUUAGCUUUGUGAGAUGUUAGUGUUCUUAGUUUUUAGGUUAAUAUUUGGGUUUUUUUCCUUUCUAUUUGUGUUAGGUGAAUUGCUGAUCGUUAUUCUGGAUCAGAGUUGUUAAAACUAAAAAAAAUUGUAAUGAAUAUUCGCUAUGAUUUCCUUGGGUUUA